CGUGCCCCUCCUGCACCGCGCAUGUGCACAACUGACAGUGAAUGUGCCAACACGUUCCAGUUUUUUCAUCGCUGGAAAAAUCAAAAACAGUAUCGAGUGCACGAAAGCUCAACAAAGCCGAAGCUCGAAAUAUGUGGCAAUGGACUGAUUCAGAAUGGUAGCCAACAUCGGCGUCAUCAACUCUACAAAUGUGGAGGCGACAGCGUAUAUAAGUGCGGUAGCCGCGUUCGCCGUUGUGUUGCUGGUGGUUUUGCUGUUUCUUGGCAAGAAGUGGUGCUACAGUGUUACAGUUAGUCGUAAACGCUGCAAUGGCAUCCUCUCCGUAGACGCUAGUGUUGACACCCCAGGUCUUCCGCUUGACAAUGCUCAGUUUGAUACUUUGUCGAAAAACAUCCAAUUCCCCGAACGAAUAUUUACGUUCGAGGCUUCCGACUCCGACGAGGAGCUGCGCUUGCGCAUACAGCAGGAUAAGGAGGAAGUCGAAUGUCACUAUGAAGAAAAGAACGAAAAUCAGCCCAAAGCGGAAGUGGAGCUUAUUGAAACCGCGUUGAGAGAAACUUGCAGUCUUCGGGAAACCAAGAUAGAUGAGAUUGUGCCACAGAAGGCGGAAUACAUUCACACGCUCGAAGCGCAGAGCAGCGUUGAUAGUGAUGUUAUAGCCCAUAAUGACACUUCGCUACUAUGCGGUGAGAGCGGGAGCUCAUCGGAGCGGGGCUCAGUGGAGCUCACCCUGCUGUACGACGCGCCCGUGCGUAGCAUGACCGUACACGUGUUGCAGGCACGCUCUUUGCCGCUCAGAACUCAGGGUCAGAUACUGCAGAGUCAGGUCCGUAUCGUACUUCUUCCAUUGAAAAAGCAAAAAUACAAAUCGAAAAUUCGCAACGGGGAAAAUCCACAGUAUAUGGAAAGUUUCGUUCUCCACAAGAUAAAUCCAGAGGAUGUCCAUGGUUUGGGUCUACGAAUUCGCAUAUAUGGUUGCGAGAGGAUGCGCCGCCAGAGACUUCUGGGCGAAGCCUCUGUAAGCUUCGCAACCCUUAACUUUGAGCUGGAGAACAGCUUGUGGCUUCAACUGAUGCCGCGACAGCACCACCACCAUCAGACUAGCUUACAGCUGCCAAAACUGGAUCCUAACCAGUCCAUCACGGGUGUACUAGCCAGUCCAUCGUCCAUAACCACGGUGAUGAGUCCAGCCAAUAAUGGCGAGGCGUGCAGUCUGGCGCGGUCUGACUCAGCGUCUUCCUGCUGCAGUACACGAUCUGCUCCAGAACUGCUAUUGGGCCUGCAGUAUAAUCCUACCACUGGACAUCUGUCUGUUGAGAUAAUAAAAGGCACGCAUUUCCGAAAACUGUCACCCAACAAGGCUCCAGAUACUUAUGUGAAGCUGUGUCUCAUCAGUUCGUUGGGGAUGGAGAUGGGAAGGUGCAAGUCGACCACAAGACGAGCGCAGUCCAACCCGCUCUACAAAGAAGUGUUUAUAUUUCAGGUGGCGCUGUUCCAACUAAGCGAAGUGACGCUGAUGGUGUCUGUGUGGUGGAGACGCAGCGUGAAGCGCAACGAGAUGGUCGGCUGGUUCUCGCUCGGCCACAGCUCGUCCGGCCGCGAGCAGGAGCGGCACUGGCACGAGCUGUGCGAGCGGCAGGGCGAACAGGUCCAACGCUGGCAUGUGCUGCUCGACUCUUGACGGUCCUCGACGUAGCUCGCGGGCGACUCGACCGCGUGACUGUGAACCUUCCCCGCUACUGCGCCCUGCGCCCCCGCGCCCUGCGCCCCCGCGCCCUGCGCCCAGUGCCCUGCGCCCUACUUCCCGCACCGGCCGCACUGCGGUGCUUUUACGCUGACGCUCAGCGUCGCCGGUUGCUGGGAGCUGACCUUUGGACCCGACCCGUGACGUCACCGCGCGAUGACGUCACGCCCGCCCUCGAACGCCAACUUUGAACCGUUCGACGACGCUUUCGUACCUUCGGCUUUGAUCGUUGGUCUUUUUGUACACGAUUUUCAAUUAAAUGUGUGCUUUUUGUAUUGUAAUUCGUAAAACGUUGUUGUACACGAGCACGAAAUUUUUGACUGAUCGGAUGGGUCGAUGUUGAUGUUUUUGAUGUACGGAUGAGAGAGUUUGAGAUAUUAUAAUAAAUGCAAAUUACAUUUUUUCGUAUCGGUGAUAUUUGUAGAUGUUCACACUUGUGUGUAUCGUGGAAAUUAUUUAACAGUAUUUAGAUACGAUUAAGAUUUGUUUAAGAGUUUUAAAAGUAAAUUUUUUAUGAGGUGAAGAAGACUUGGAGCGCACAAUUCAUGUGAGAUAGGAUAAAUUAUACGUAUUUAUAUAUGAAUUAUAUUUAUAUACUAUUGCCGAUAACUUGCCAAUAAGGUGUCUUUCGUAUUUUCGUAUUCAGAAUGAUUCUUAUAUAUUAUAACCUACUAAACAAUGAAAAUAAAAAUAAAACUUUAGAACAUAAAAAUUCUGGUUCUUCUAUUCUUAUCGUUAUAUUAAAUUAAUUGUAAUUAUUAUAGCACUAAUCUCAUAUUAUACGUUCUAAAUGAUAUUUUAGCAGUAAAUAGAAGUAUUUAUUUCUGAAGAUAAUUUUGUUGUUAAAUUUU